AUAAAAUAAAAUUUUAACGAAUGAUAGUUCUACACGUGGCUAUCACAGUACAGAGCCUUAUGAACUUUGCCAUAUUCCGGUGACUUGCUCAAAAGUCAUAUGCGUUUCCCGAUCUUCUCGUUUCUCCAAAUCCAAACCCUAACAUUUUGAUUCGCCGUUCUGCGUGUCCUCUCAGCCUUGCGAGAUUUGGUACCAAUGAUGUUGCGUGCUGUUAUAAGGAGAGCUGCCAGUAAAGGCUCUUCUCCUUCGUUAUUUGGAAAAUCACUGCAAUCUUCUCGUGUUGCGGCAUCUUCUCCAAGCUUGCUAAGAGGUUCAGAAACAGGGACAUUACUGCAUCGUGGAACUCAUGCUUAUAGCUUCCAUAACCUUGCUUCUUCAGUAGGGACGUCUGGUUGCUUGAGGUCAGCGAGCUCAGUUUCAUCUACCCUGCAAAGAUGGGUCAGGCCUUUUUCAUCUGAAAGUGGAGAUACCGUGGAAGCUGUUGUGCCUCAUAUGGGGGAAUCUAUCACCGAUGGCACCUUAGCAAACUUUCUGAAGAAACCUGGUGAGAGAGUCGAGGCUGAUGAGGCUAUUGCACAAAUUGAAACUGAUAAGGUGACAAUAGAUAUCGCUAGCCCCGCAAGUGGUGUGAUCCAAGAGUUUCUAGUCAAGGAAGGAGAUACUGUGGAACCAGGAACCAAGGUCGCCAUUAUUUCAAAGUCUGAGGCUGUAUCUCAUGCUGCCCCCACUCAGAAGGUACCAGAGACAUCUGAGCCUAAACCUGCUCCUCCUGCUGAAGAUAAGCAGAAGUCCAAAGUGGAAAAUGCUCCUGUACCAGAUAAACCCAAAGCAGCGUCCUCGCCACCACCACCUAAACAGUCUGCUAAAGAACCACAGCUUCCUCCUAAGGAAAGAGAAAGACGGGUUCCAAUGACAAGACUUCGGAAACGUGUUGCAACUAGAUUGAAAGACUCUCAAAAUACUUUCGCAUUGCUGACAACUUUCAAUGAAGUUGAUAUGACAAAUUUGAUGAAGCUCCGAUCCCAAUACAAGGAUGCCUUUUAUGAAAAACAUGGAGUAAAGUUGGGGCUUAUGUCUGGAUUCAUUAAAGCUGCUGUUAGCGCCCUCCAGCAUCAACCAGUUGUAAAUGCAGUUAUCGACGGGGAUGAUAUCAUAUAUAGAGACUAUGUGGAUAUCAGUAUUGCUGUUGGUACCUCUAAGGGACUUGUAGUACCAGUCAUAAGAGGUGCUGAUAAAAUGAACUUUGCCGAUAUAGAGAAAACAAUAAACACGCUUGCUAAGAAGGCAAAUGAAGGAACCAUAUCAAUAGAUGAGAUGGCUGGAGGAUCAUUCACCGUUUCAAAUGGUGGUGUCUAUGGAAGUCUCAUAAGCACUCCAAUCAUUAACCCUCCUCAGUCUGCUAUACUUGGUAUGCACUCGAUUGUGUCACGUCCAAUGGUAGUAGGAGGAACCGUAGUGCCAAGACCAAUGAUGUACGUCGCACUUACUUAUGACCACAGGCUGAUUGAUGGGAGAGAGGCUGUAUACUUCCUGCGCCGUGUCAAGGAUGUUGUGGAGGAUCCACAAAGGCUUCUUCUUGACAUAUGAAAAAAAUCGGUUUUGAGGAGCCAGAAAGUGCCUGGCUUUGCCAGUUAUAGACCUCAGUGUCUUUUAAACCUUUGUGGGUUAACAACAAAAUUCUCUUUAAAGUUUCUUUACAGUUUCCGGAGUAUUGCCGGAUGGGAAGAAUAGGCCUCAGUGUCGUUCUUAAUUGUUACACAGUUUGAUACACAUGUUCAAUUUUGACUGAAUAAUUAAAUCAAUAAAAGACCCUUCUGAUGUUCUUCAA